GCGACACAGAGAGAGGGAGAGAGGACAAACCUCGACGCUCCGCUUUCCAGGAUACAAACUAACUCCCCUUCCUCUCUUUCUCCUGGACUUUGCUACACUUUUUCCCUCCAAAUGCUUCUCUGCUACCGGAGUUAACGGCUCGUCUCUCCUUUAACUCAGAAUAAUUUAUCCCUCUAACUUUUUUCCCCCCUCGGACCGGAUCGAGCGAACAGGUGGAGAUGAUGGCGAGCGGACCUGCGCCGCUCUCCCCGGCUCGGAGCACUCAGACGCGGGUGGCGCUGCUGCUGUGGCCGCUGCUUGUGACCUGCGUGUCGGCGCAGGAGUUGCCGACCAACGGCGUGAACGGAUACAGCCUGCACCCGCCCUACUUCAACCUGGCCGAGGGCACCAAGAUCACCGCCACGGCGACCUGCGGGGAGGACGACACCGGCAGGACUGUGCACGACCUGUACUGCAAGCUGGUCGGAGGCCCGGUGUCCGGAGACCCGAGCCAGACCAUCCAGGGCCAGUACUGUGACAUCUGCAGCCACGGCGACAGCGAUCGAGCCCACCCCAUCACCAACGCCAUCGACGGCACGGAGCGAUGGUGGCAGAGCCCGCCUCUGUCCCGCAGCACCGAGUACAACAAGGUCAACGUCACCCUGGACCUGGGACAGCUCUUCCAUGUGGCCUACGUGCUGAUUAAGUUUGCAAACUCUCCCCGUCCGGACCUCUGGGUUCUGGAGAGAUCCAUCGACUUUGGGCAGACCUACCAACCCUGGCAGUACUUCGCCUCCUCCAAGAGAGACUGUAUUGAGCGUUUUGGACAGAGGACGAUUGAGAGGAUCAACAAUGAUAACGACAUCAUCUGCACCACCGAGUACUCCCGUAUCGUCCCUCUGGAAAACGGAGAGGUCGUGGUGUCCUUGGUGAACGGUCGUCCCGGAGCCAUGAACUUCUCCUACUCACCGGUGCUGAGGGACUUCACCAAGGCCACCAACAUCCGGCUACGCUUCCUGAGAACCAACACGCUGCUGGGACACCUGAUGGGCAAAGCGCUGCGUGACCCCACCGUCACCCGCAGGUAUUACUACAGUAUCAAAGACAUCAGUAUCGGAGGACGCUGUGUGUGUAACGGACACGCCGAGGCAUGCAACGCCAAAGAUCCCAACGACCCUUACAAGUUACAGUGCGACUGUCAGCACAACACCUGCGGCGUGUCUUGUGACCAGUGUUGCCCCGGAUACAACCAGUUACCAUGGAAACCUGCCACGACCUACAGCGCCAACGAGUGUGAACCGUGUAACUGUCACCGUCACUCGUUCGACUGUUACUACGACCCCGAGGUCGAUCAGAGGAGAGGUAGCAUCGACAUCCACGGACACAACAGAGGAGGAGGAGUCUGCCUCAACUGUCAGCAUCACACCACCGGAGUCAACUGUGAGCGCUGCAUCCCCACCUACUACCGGUCACCUGACCACUCCAUCGACUCCCCGCUGGCCUGCUCACGCUGUAACUGUCAGUCCCAGUUCACAGACGGUACCUGUGAGGAUCUGACCGGUCGCUGUUUCUGCAAACCGAACUACGCCGGAGAGAACUGCGACACCUGCGCCAGCGGCUACAUAAACUUCCCCGACUGUUACCCCAUCCCGACCUAUCCCACCGACAACAACAACAACAACGGCGAGGCCAAAACAGCAGGAGAGAUCAUCAACUGUGAGUGCAGCGCAGCCGGGACUGUGGAUAACUCCUGCAGGCCGGAUCCCCGAACUCAGACCUGCGUCUGCAAACCAGGUUUCACUGGUGACCACUGCGACACCUGCGCUCCGGGUUUCUACGGACUCAACUGUCAGGCCUGUCAGUGUGCCGGUCCCGGCUGUCUGGACGGGUCAUGUGACUUGGUGACUGGUUACAGCGUGUGCCGGACUGGUUUCCAAGGUUCCCAGUGCGACCAGUGUGCACCAGGUUACUUUAACUACCCGCUCUGCCAACUGUGCGGCUGCAGCACAGUCGGCUCUUUGCCUGAAGGCUGUGACGCGUCCGGUCGUUGUCUGUGUAAGCCAGAGUUUCAGGGUCCUCGAUGUGAGCAGUGCAGGUCUGGAUUCCACUCCUACCCCAACUGUCAAGUGUGCACCUGUGAUCCUCGCACCUCAUUGGACACCAGCUGCACAGCGUCGGGUCACUGCCACUGCCGGCCUAAUUACAGCGGAGCGUCAUGUGACCAGUGCGCUCCUGGUUACUAUGGUUACCCAAGCUGCACACCCUGUCAUUGUUCUGCUGAGGGCUCCCGCUACACCAGCUGUGACCAGGUGACGGGACAGUGUGUGUGUCUGCCCAACGUGGUGGGACUGAGGUGUGACAGCUGUGCACACGGCGCCUAUGGCUUCCCCAACUGCCAAGCUGGCACCUGCCACCCUGCCGGCUCCGUUCAGUAUGUGGUGCCGCCGCCUGUGGGUCAGUGUGAGUGUCGUCGCCAUGUGGAGGGCCCGGCCUGUGACAGAUGUAAACCUCUGUACUGGAACCUCUCACCUGACACACCUGACGGAUGCUCCAACUGUGAGUGUAACAUCGCGGGGACCAUCAGCGGGGUUGCAGAGUGUACACAGGAGUCCGGUCAGUGUUACUGUAAGCCGAACGCCUGCAGUGGAACCUGCUCCACCUGUAAAGACGGCUACUACAACCUGCAGGAGCAAAACUACUUCGGCUGCCAGGGAUGUCAGUGUGACAUCGGAGGUGCAGCAGGUCAGUCGUGUGGAGAGAGGAAUGGACGCUGUCGCUGCAGACCCAACGUGGAGGGACCGAAGUGUAACCUACCUCGUCCGGAUCACUACUUCCCGGACCUCCAUCAUCUCAAGUACGAGAUCGAGGAGGGAACCAUGCUGGACGGCCGACCGGUGAGAUUCGGCUACAACCCUCUGGAGUUCCCAGAGUUCAGCUGGAGAGGUUACGCUCAGAUGUCCCCCAUCCAGUCCAAAGUGGAGGUGACGGUGUCGGUCGGCUCUCCAGACCUCUUCCACGUGGUGCUACGCUACGCCAACUGGGGAGGUUCGGAUAUUCGGGGCAGGGUGUCGGUCAUAGAGGACAGCUGUAACUGUUCAGAGCAGUCCAAACAGAUCGUCUUUGCUCCGAGUGUGGAGCCGACUUUUGUCAACGUUCCCCAGAACAACUUUGUGGAGCCGUUUGUCCUGAAUCCAGGAACCUGGAAUGUGAUUAUAGAGGCUGAGGGAAUCCUACUGGAUUACCUGGUGCUGCUGCCCAGUGCCUACUACGAAGCUCCCAUCCUGCAGAUCAAAGUCACUGAGCCCUGCACCUACAGCUCUGUGCCUGACGCCAGCCCAAAUUGUCUGCAGUACAGAUAUCUGUCUCUGGACUCCUUCCCGUCCGUUUCCGGUAAUGACGCCAGCUGCCGCCACGACAACCACCUGCCGCGCCCCUGCCCCAGUGAGAGGGUCACCCCGCGCCACCCCGACAUGGCCGUCUGCAGUGGCUACGAUAUCAGCGUCGAGCUGCGAGGUCGUCUUUCGUCUCCGGGUGAAUACGUUUUGGUCGUAGAGUAUUCCAGCGAAGAAGAGCUGCCUCAAACUCUGUCUGUGGCUGUUAACAUGCCAGGAGCGAGAACACACCAGCACCGCGUCACCCUGCUGCACUGCAAAUACAGCUUCCUGUGCCGAGUCGUCGCCAUCGAUAACCAGAACAGAGUGGCGGUCUUUUCUCUCCCCGCUGACGUUGAGAUCCAGCUCAUCUCCGACCGCGCCAGCUUCUUCCUGCACAAAGUGUACCUGGUGCCUAAAGACCAGUUCAGCAUGGAGUACGUUGAACCUAAAGUCCACUGCAUCAGCACUCAUGGACAGUUCUCACCCGACAGUUCCUCCUGCGUCCCCUCACGCUUCCAGACCCCAUCAGACUCGCUGGUCCUGAAGGAGGGCCAGAGCUCCUCCAUGCAGGAGCCCGUCCUGGCCUCCCCUGCAGCCGCUCCUCCUCUGCCCUUCCACCAGAGAGACGAGCCGGCCUGGACGGGAGGAGACAGGCCUCCGUACGGAGCGGACAGCAGCGAGCACGUCAGGCUGGACUCACUGCAGAAUGCAGCUGUGUACUCCACCCGUGUCCAUGCGCUGGGACGUUACGUCUUCAUCCUCCACUACCACCAGCCGCUCCACCCCAACUACCCCGUGCAGGUCUACAUCAACGGAGGACGGAUCUGGCAGGGCCACGCCAACGCCUCCUUCUGCCCGCACGCAUACGGCUGCCGAAACGUCCUGGUGUCUGAGAACCAGAUCAUUCUGGAUGUGACGGACCACGAGGUUUUCGUCACCGUGCAGAUACCUGCUGACAAGACGCUGUGGCUGGAUUAUAUUCUGGUCGUGCCUGAGAAGAGCUACAGCUCCAGCUACCUGAGCGAGGAGCCUCUGGAUAAAUCAUACGACUUCAUCAGCAACUGCGGCCAAAACAGCUUCUACAUCGAGUCAUCCGUCCACGCCUCUCCGUUCUGCCUCACCUCGGCCGUGUCUCUGUCCGCCUUCUUCAACAACGGGGCGAUGCCCUGCGCCUGCCACGAGGUCGGAGCCGAGAGCGACACCUGCGAGCAGUUCGGCGGUCAGUGCCAGUGCAGACCCAACGUGAUCGGCAGAGACUGCUCCAUGUGCGCCACCGGCUACUGGGGAUUCCCCAACUGCAGACCCUGUAACUGUGGGACGAGGUUGUGUGAACCGGUGACCGGCGACUGUAUCUGCCCUCCGAGGACUGUCCUCCCAGAAUGCACCCAGUGCCAGCCUCAGACGUUCGGCUGCCACCCUGUGGUCGGGUGCGAGGUCUGCAACUGCUCGCGGCCGGGCGUCGUCUCCCCCGAUGUGAACUGCGACAACCUCAGCGGACAGUGCAGGUGUAAGAACAACAUCGUCGGCCGUCAGUGCGACCGCUGUGCUCCCGGUUUCUACGGUUACCCGAACUGCAGGCCGUGUGACUGCAACGAGGCAGGAACCGAAGAGGAAGUGUGUGACUCCUUCACGGGACAGUGUCUCUGCAAGGAGAACGUCCAGGGUUCCCGUUGCGAUCAGUGCAGAGUUGGUACGUUCCACCUGGACCCGACCAACCCGAAGGGCUGCACCAGCUGCUUCUGCUUCGGAGCCACCGACCGCUGCCGCAGCUCUGACAAGAGACGCACCGAGGUGAUGAACAUGGAGGGCUGGGUGCUGCUGGGAGCAGACAGACAGGAAGUGCCGGUCGCAGUGUAUCCCGGUCAAGACCUCGUAGAGGCGGACCUCAGCGACGUGCCCGAUGUUUACCAGGACCUCCACUGGCACGCACCCAAGACUUACCUGGGAGACAAGGUUUCAUCCUAUGGAGGUUAUCUGAGGUAUCGUCUCCACACUCAGACGAUGAGAGGCGACGUGUUGUCUCUGCCUGCAGAAGCCUCCAGGCCUGACAUCAUUCUCAAAGGGAACCAGAUGACCCUGGUGUUCAUGGAGCGAGAGUACUCGUCACCUGAGGAGCCUCACCUGGGGAUCGUCCACAUGGUCGAGGGGAGUUUCCGUCACGCUCAGACCGGUAACUCGGUGUCUCGUGAGGAGCUGAUGAUGGUCCUGGUCGCUCUGGAGUCCCUGCAGAUCCGAGCCCUGCACUCCCAGUCGGCCCACUCCGUGUCGCUGCGCGCCGCUGUGCUGGAGGGCGCCGAGAGCAUGCCUGCCGGUCGCCAUGCCAACAACGUGGAGAUCUGCAUGUGUCCCGCCAAUUACCUGGGAGACUCGUGUCAGAAAUGUGCUCCGGGUUACUACAGAGACACUAUCGGCCUGUUUCUGGGCAAAUGUGUCCCCUGUAACUGUAACGGACACUCUGACCAGUGUCUGGACGGAUCUGGAAUCUGUUUGAACUGCCAGCACAACACAGCAGGAGACCACUGUGAGACAUGCCAGGGUGGUUUCCUCGGCAACAACAGUCUUGAUGGACAGGCGGUGUCCUGCUCCAGUUGUCCCUGUCCACUGAGGGUCCCAUCAAACAACUUUGCAGAAGGUUGUGUGCCGAAAGGCGACAGGAUGCAGUGUCUGUGUAUGCCGGGUUACGCCGGACCAAACUGCGAGAGGUGUGCCCCUGGUUACUACGGCAACCCCAUGGUGCUGGGCAGCAGGUGCCAGCUGUGCCAUUGUCAUGACAACACCGACCCCAACAUGCUGUUCACCGACUGUCACCCGCUGACCGGCGAGUGUCUCAGCUGCAUGCACAACACGGCCGGGCCGCACUGUGACAUCUGCGCUCCUGGUUACUACGGCGACGCCAUCAUUGCCAAAAACUGCACCAAGUGUAAUUGCUCUCCAUGUGGCACCGAGUCAUGUGACCCUCGCACUGGACAGUGUCGCUGCAAACCCGGAGUCACCGGACCGCACUGUGAUCGCUGUGAUGGCGGCUCGUUUGGCUUCGACUCGUGCUCCGGCUGCCGUCAGUGCGACUGCGACGCCUCCGCAGCUCUCGUCCAGCCGUGCGACCCUCAGAGCGGUCAGUGCGCCUGUCAGCCCGGAGUCAACGGGCCCAACUGCAAACAGUGCGCUCCUGGAUUCUGGGACUACGGACCCAACGGGUGCAAGAGGUGCGACUGUAAAGGAGGCCGCUGUGACCCCCGCACAGGAGAGUGCCGCUGUCCGGACGGCAUGACGGGAAAACAGUGCGACAUCUGCUUAGAUGACCACAACGUACCUGUGGAGCACGAGCACGGCAUGCACUGUGAACCGUGCGACAACUGUGUCAUCGUCCUGUUGGAGGAUUUGGACAAAAUGAACGACAACUUCCGCUCGGUCGCCGCUCAGCUGAGCAGUCUGAACGCCAGCUCCAUGGCCUGGGCUCAGCUCAGGGGUCUCAACAAGUCUGUGGAGGACAUCGCUCGCGCCAUAGAGAACUACAACAGUACACUGGAUGACAGCAGGAAUCGAGCCGACAUGCUGGAUGCUGAGAUCAUGAAUAUCAAUGACGACAUUGAUGAACUGCAGGACAAGGCGUCAGUGAUGAGCGGCAGGGUCGACGGCCUGCGGAACAGCACCACUAACACACACCAGAGGGCGCAAGACCUGCUGUCCUUCAUCAACAACAUCACCAUGGACUUAAACGAUAUCAUGCUGAUGGCGAACCGGUCGCUGCAGAACAACACCGAGGCGGAGCAGGACGGCGAGCAGAGGGAGAGGAUGAUGAGGGAGGUGCAGGCCAUGCUGAGGGAGAUGAGGCUCAGGAGCUGCGUGGGCCAGAAGAAAAUGGCAGACAGGGAGAGGGCAGAGGCGCAGAAAUUGUUGGAUCGUGUUAACAAGGAGCUGGCCGGUCGUCAGGGAGACAACAGCGACUUGGCCAAAGCCAUCAGAGACCGCCUGUCCCGCUUCCACUCUGAAAUGAUGGAUCUCCGAGACGCCCUGAACGAAGCCGUGAACAACACCGCCAGAGCCGCGGAGAUCAACAACGUCAACGAGAAAAACCUGGAGGACAACCAGAGGAGGAUGGACGACCUGAUGAUGAAGCACAAGGAAGUGAACGACCAUUUGCAAAUGGCUGUGGAUGAUGUAGCGCAGGUCAACGAUGCCAUUUCCACGCUGCACGACUCCAAAGAGGAGUACGAGCGGCUUGCGGCGCGGCUGGACGGCGCCCGGACUGAGUUGGCAAACAAAGUGCAGCAGUUUGCUUGGCCAGACUCCAAAAAAUCUCUGGUGGAGAAAGCAGAGAGACACGCCGAGCAGCUGAACGAGGCAGCCAUGAACCUGACACAUUUGGUUGAAACAGCAAAGAAGGACGGGUUUGUGGAUGUGACGCAGGCCUACAACAAGAUCGUCAACAGCAUUAAUGAGGCCGAGGAGUUCGCCAAGAUGGCCGAAAAGGCGGCUAACGACACAAUGGAGAGCAUAAAGGACCAGGAUCUCAGUGACCUCGCGGACCGUCUGAAGAACCACAGUGUGGAGUUAAGAAACGAGGUCGAAGAGCUAAACGAUGAACUCAACAACGAACUGAAGCCGAAGCUGGAAGACGCUCAGAGACGACUGAAGGGCGCCAAAACCAAACAAGUUAACGUGAUGAAGGACCUGGAGAUGGUUCAGAACAGCCUCAACUUCACCUCAAAUGUGAGUCAGGAGAUCGAUGCGGCAAAGCGAGCUGCGGAUUUGGCGAACACCACGGCCACUGAAGUCAACGAUGCCCUACGUCCCAUCAAAGAGCAGCUGGACAAAUGGACGCAGACCUACGGAGACACCAACACCACCAACGAUGACAUCAACAAGGCCCUGAUGGAGGCCAACAACACCGUGCAAGCGCUGGGUGAGACGAUUCCUCUGCUCAUGAAGAAGCUGGAUAAACUGCAGAAUCACUCGACACAGAUGCCAAACAUCUCUGAGAACAUCAGCCGCAUCCGACAGCUCAUACAGCAGGCGCGCAACGCCGCCAGCAAGGUGAGCGUGCCGGUGAAGUUUAACGGGAAGUCCGGCGUUCAGGUCCGUACUCCUCAUAACCUGGCCGACCUGGCCGCCUACACCUCCCUGAAGUUCUACAUCACGCUGCCAGAGGCGGCACGAGCCAGACGGCAGGACAACAGCAACCAACAGUUCGUCUUCUACCUCGGCAACAAGGACUCCAGUAAGGAGUUCCUGGGCAUGUCGUUGGUGGGGAAGAGACUGCGCUGGUUCUUUAACAUCGGAGGAAAAACCGCUGAGGUGACGAUGCCUGAAGACGUCAAAUCUAACGGAAACUUCAACAGCAUCAUGCUGGAAAGGAUCCUUCAGUACGGUCAGAUGGCCAUGUCUUCAGAGGCCUCUGAGGGCGACCAGACGGUCACCAAAGCCUACAUGGAGGCUGAAGGAGAUCACGGGCUGCUCAACCUCUUGACCGACGACACUGUCUUCUUUGUGGGAGGAUACCCGAGUACUUUCAAACCCCCGCCAUCGCUCGUCCUGCCGAACUUUAAGGGCUGUAUCGAGCUCGAUACGCUCAACGAGGAGGUGCUCAGUCUCUACAACUUUGAAAACAUCUUCCAUCUCAACACCACAGAGGAGAAACCAUGCGGCAGGUCCAAGCCGGUGCUGACUCAGGCCUGGGUGAACGACGGGGCGUAUUUCGACGGCACCGGCUUCGCUGAGAUCACCUUUACCGAUGAAUCGCCUCGCAUGCAGCGCUUCGAACAGGAAGUCAAGCUGCUCUCACAAAACGGAAUACUGCUCCUGCUGCAGAAGGAGAGUCAGUUCUUGUGCAUGGCGGUGCUCAGGGGCAGAUUGAAGGUUUUCUACGACUUCACUGGUGAUAUCGUGGAGCUCGAGCCCAAAGACGCAUCUUCUGAAUACCUGAGGAUCAGCGACGCCGACCCCAAAGCUCUGGAGCUCAUCCUCCUCCGUUCAAGCACGAACCGCAUCGUGGUGAGAAACAACCGCUUCAGCCUCUACACCCAUCAGCUCGCAGAGAGCAUCCCCCCGUUCAGUGGAAACUACUUCCUGGGAGGAGUGCCGGAGCACAAGAUGCCUCAGAAGUUGAAGUCUCUGUUCCCGAAGCAGGGCUCUCUGAAGGGCUGUUUCAGGAACGUCAAGGCUCAGAGCUCUCACAUUGACCUGAAGAGGAUGACCAGCUCCGGCGUCAGCUUCGGCUGCGACAACGACCUGCUGAUGGCUCGCGAGGCUCAUUUCUCGGGUCAGAGUUACCUGGAUUUGGCUCUGACAAACAUUCCCACCCUCAGGAACAACUUCUACACCAGCUUCAGCUUCCGAACCGAGCAGAAGGAGGGACUCAUGUUCUACCACCACGACCAGGACGGAGUGUGUCAGGUGUUUUUGCACGAGGGCCAUGUCGUGGUGAGAGCUGGAAACAGUGAGAUUAAGACACAGAAGACGUACAACGACGACAACAGCCACUACGUCGCUGUCUACAACAACAUCAACGGGAUGCGUCUGUACAUGGACGACGUGCUGGAGAAGGCGAAGGAGGGCAUCCGGGUGGACAGCAGGGGCCGCGGCGUGACCACCUCGCAGGAAGGCACCUUCCUGGGAGGAACGCCCCACCAGAGCCUCACCAACCUCACCGGAUGUCUCAGCAACGUCUUCGUCAAGAGGUUAACGAGUCCUCAGAUGGUUUUGAACCUGCUGAAAGCGAAAGAAAACGUCAACGCUCCUCUGGACUGUCCUGCUGCCAAAAAGCCUCAGCAGAUCGUCGCUGCUCAGCCCAAACCCAAGGGAAAGCACAAGAAGCCGUCGGGGUCUCGCAGCAGAAACACCAGGCACUCGUGUCAGAGCGAGCCGUCAGACCAGGAGACCGGAGCGACGCACUUCAGCGGCUCCGCGCACAGCUACCAGAGAUACGACUCCCUGAGCGGCUCGCUCAGCUCGAUGCCUCACAUCUCCAUGGCGCUGAGGAUCAACUCCUCCGAUGGUAUUGUGCUGUACGCAGGCGGCGGGCAGCGCGGCGCCGCCGUGAUGUCACUCAGCGUGUUAGACGGCCACCUGCUGCUCCUGUUGGACGGAGGGAAGAGGAAGGUCAGCCUGCGCAGCCGCAAGAAGUACAACGACAACCAGUGGCACACGGUGUUUAUAAAGCGUGAAGGAGACAAGAUCAGUCUGAUCGUGGACGGCAUCAACGCUCAGUCCAAGAGGGUCCCCGGAGGAGACAGGACUCGUCUCACCGGGCCGUUUUACAUCGGAGGAGUCCCGCCCACUCUGACGGCUCCGGGCUCCGGUGGUUUCGUCGGUUGUGUCCGGGAUCUGAAGCUGAACGAGGCCCCUGCAGGAAGCCCCGCCCACAGCCAGGGGGCGGUGCCGUGCUUCCUGAACCCUCUGCAGCCCGGAGUGUAUUUCUCCGGACAGGGAGGACACAUCGCCAUAGAUGAGUCUUUAGUUCUGGGUCGGGAUCUGGAGAUCCAGCUGGAGGUUCGACCCGUCUCGGACUCUGGGCUGCUGUUGCAUGCUGGGACAUCACCUGAUCAACACCUGAGUUUGGUCCUCAGUGAGGGACAGGUGACUGCGUCACUGAACAGCGGUAAAGGUGAAUUCUCCACCUCCUUCACUCCUGAGGAGCCUCUGUGUAACGGUCGCUGGCACACGGUCACAGUGGUGAAGAAGAACAACGUCCUGCAGCUCCACGUCGAUGCAGCCAGCGAGCACAGCGUCGGCCCCAGACAGAGCCGCUCCGCAGGGGCCAAAGAGACCGUUUACCUCGGAGGGGUUCCCCAUGGCGUCACAGUUCCCGGUUUACCUGCCGGCCUGCCCGCCUUCCACGGCUGCAUCCGCCACGCCGCCAUCAACCGCAGACCUGCCAUGUUGUCCAAACCCCUCGCCGUGCACGGAGCUGUGGGCACGCAGGGCUGCCCACACAUGUAAACCCAACACACACACACACACACACACACACACACACACACACACACACACACACACACACACAGUCUUAUCCUCACAUUCCCCGACUACAAAUUACUGGUGGUGGGUGUCAUGUUACUGUAGCUAAUUUAAAAUAUAUAUAAUAAUAUUUAUUUUCUAUUUUCAGAAAAAAAAAAUGUAUAUUUUAUAUUUUACACAUUAUCGUUGCAAUAUUACUGGUUUAUUUUUGUGCUACAGGGUGCUAUAACAAGAGUCUGCACAUAGAGAUGCACUGAUACGAGAUAUCAAAUAUCAAUCAAAUCAGUUUUUUAAUGUGUAGUAUAUUGUAAAUAAGGCCGACACGGCUUGAUUUUUCUCGCUUUUGCAAACACAGAUUUUGUGAAUCUGCAUUAUAUUUCCAGUAAAUGACGUAUACGGCCGUUUAUCGUGCAUCUCUAGCAGAGAGUGUUAAGAUUACCUACUGAGUCGGUACACUGUGAACACUGUAAUGUAAGAGCAACGUCCUCAGGCAGCGCAGACGGGCAACGUUUCCUGUAACUGGGACUGAGACUCGACUUUUGGGAAUCUCGCAGUUAAUUAAGUCUCAGCGGUGCAGAGAUGAAUUUAUUUAAAUUUAAUUAUCAGCAGAAAAUCAGAGAAAAGGGAGAUAAGAGCAGGUUUGUCAGAAGCUGUUCCACUUCUGUUUUAACUUGAUGCUUUUGGAAAAUGGCUUCAAUUUUCUUUCCGUCCUCUAUUUUUAUGUAUUUAUACGGAAGCCAAAAACCACCCGGUGCAAUAUUUUUUAAAAUCUUAUCUCAAAAUAGUUAAUUCAUUAUUUGAAGAUGAGCUUUGUUAUAUUGACACUAAUAUUACUUUUGUUCAUCAGAGAUUAACGUUCGCAUCAUUGAACCAGACUCUCAUUUUCAGUGUCAAGAAAACAAGAAAUUGAGAUUUGCUGUUUUGAGAAAAUAAAAAUAAUUAACUAGUGAUCUUGUUAAAAAUAUUUGCGGGCUCUGCUGUUCUCGGCCUCCUCAUAAAUUAAAGCCUUAAUUGUCUUUUAUCCUCUACAGUAAGAUUUUGUAUGGAAGCUGAAAACAGUCGUCUUCGCAAAAUAAAAAUAAAAAAUGAUGCCGUUAUUUUGAGAUUGAGGUUUUAAUUUCGUAACCUCAAGGAAAUGAGCUGCGUUAUUGCAUCUGUUUAUUUAUUUUUUUAUUUUUAUCAGUCAUCCAAAUGGAUGUGAAAAAAGUUGUUUGCUUCUGUUCAGUGAUCAAAUGAAUCGGUCAUGGCCGUUCAGUUUUUAACUCCCCAGAAAAAAAACACAUCUUACGUAAACUGUUUUCAGUGAUAAAUGGUUUUAUUGCAAAAUCUGCCAUCUGUUUUCUCUAUAAUCUACAUAAAUUAACCUGUUAACACAAAAAAUGAGCUUUGUUGUCUCCAGAAAUAACGGCGUUAAAAACAAAAAUUGCAGCUACGUACGUUUUUGGCCUCCGUAUUUAGGCAGAAGUCCUGAGAGGGUUACUUUUGAAAUGUAAUAAAUUACAUAUUAAUAUUAUUUUGACUAUUAAAAAUGUAUUAUGAGACUAUUUUGAUUACAUCAGAGUAAUGUAACUUAUUACAUUUGAUUACUUUUUAAUUACUUAACUUACAAAUGUUUUAAACGGGGAAAUUAGGCAGAA